AUGCAUUACAGAAGCUUGAUUGGUUGCUUAAUAUAUCUUACUGCAACCAGACCUGACAUUUUGUUUGCAGUAAGUAUACUUUCAAGGUUCAUGCAUUGUGCUAGUGAAGUUUAUCUUCAAGCUGCCAAACGAGUUAUUAGAUAUGUUAAAGGCACUUUAGACUAUGGUAUAAUGUACUCUCUUUCUCAUAAUUUUAAGCUCCAUGGAUAUUCUGAUAGUGACUGGACAGGUUGUAUUGAUGACAUGAGAAGCACCUCUGGUUAUUGUUUUUCCUUUGGUUCUGGAGUCUUUUCUUGGUGUUUUAAAAAGCAAGAAGUUGUAGCUCAAUCAACUACAGAAGCAGAGUAUGUAGCUAUUGUUGCUACAGUGAAUCAAGCUCUUUGGAUCAGGAAAAUUAUGACAGAUUUGCAUAUGAAACAAGAAGAAAGCACACAGAUUUUUGUGGACAACCAGGCUGCAAUCUAA